UCUGGGUUAUCAGGGGCCAUUCUCUGGGUUAUCAGGGGCCAAUCUCUGGGAUAUCAGGGGCCAUUCUCUGGGUUAUCAGGGGCCAUUCUCUGGGUUAUCAGGGCCCAUUCCCUGUCAGAUUUAACAUGAUCAGGGGUGAUUUGUGGUAUAGAUUAUACAUAAACAUUGCGAUUAGGGGUUCAGAUUAUACAUGUUCAGAGGACAUUAGGGGUUAUAUUAUAAAUGAUAACAGUGUUUAGGAGUCAGAAUAUACAUCUUCUAGGAUCAUAUGGGGUUCAGAUUAUACAUGAUCAAAGUGAUUAGGAGUCAUAUCAUACAUUAUCAGAGAUCAUUAGGGGUUAUAUUAUUCAUAAUUAGGUGAAUUAGGGGUCAGAUAUAACAUGGGUCUAGUCAUAAAUGAUCAGGGGUUAGUACGUAUCAGAUUAUAUGUGAUCAGGGGUUAUUAAGGGUCAGAUUAUCUCAGGUUUGGAGUUAUUAGGGGUCUGGAGUAAAAACAAUUAUUCUGACAAAGACAAUUAAAUAAUCCACUCAAAGUUGAUAUAAUAAUUCCGACACUGUUUAAAAUAAUCCUGACAAAGUAGAUUCUGUAAUCCUGACAUCAUUGGUUAGAAUAAUCUUGACAAUUUUUGUUUAAUAAUCCUGAAAAGAUUAGAUAAUCUUGACAAAAUAAUUGUGACAAAGGAGAUUCAAUAAUCCAGACAAAGAAAAUAAAUAAUCCUGACUAAAUUGAUUAGAUAAUCAUGACAAAAUAGAUUAAAAUGAUGGAUUAAUUAUAAAUAAAUAUUAAAUCAACAGAAGGUAAGAGGAGAUUAAAUGUGGUUAGAAACUCUCCUUUGAUGUCAAAGAUCAAUAAAAGGAUCAGUUCUGUUGAACUCUGAAGAUCGUUCUGUACUCUGGUUUUAUUUUGAAAAGGAAUUAUUACAGACAUACUCUUAUCUUGAAAGGAAGGAGAGGAAAUGCCAUGUUAGGUGACAAGGUGAGCUGAAAGAAUGCAGCCGGCUGAAAGGAAGGAUCAGGAAGAAAAAGAGGCAGAAAAACAGGAUUAGAGAGGGAAAACACCAACGAAGAAGAAGGAGGGAGAAAACAAACAAGGAGAGGAGACGAACAUGUAAACAAUACAACAAGGAGGUGUAAAUAACAACAACAACAGAGAGGACAGGGUCUGGGUCUGCUGCUGCUGUCUGUCAAACAGGAUCCACAGAGGUGUGCUCAGGCCACGCCCCUUCAGGUAAGCACUGAGGUGUGUCUGUGUACAGGUCAGGACAUGCUAAGGUACAGCUGAGAGGAUCUGUGUGGAACAUUUAGACCAGAAAUACAAUAAAGAACAUGAACCACAGAAAUAGAGCUGUCAGCAAGAUCAUGUUCUCACGAGCAAACAUUAUGACUUAAAACAUCUAUAUCAGUCUAAUCCAUCACAUGUCUAACAUAUGUCCUGUCCAAUGUUCUCGCUGUCUUCAAGGGGCCAGAAAUGAACCAAGAAAAAAAAACUAAGACAAUUUUGAUAGAAAAUAAAUAAAUAAAUCAUUGUGAAAAGAGGAAGAGCCAAUAUAACUCUGUGAGCAGACCUGCAUCAGAAACUUAAUCUUUUGUUGUUCCUCUUACAGGGUGAUUUAUCAUAACGUAAUGUGAGUCGUUUUAGGGGUUUUAGAAUUAUAAAACAGACUGUCAUGAAAGAGGAGUGGGUGGGCUCCUAGGCUGGACCAGUAAAGGCCCCCUGGCUGAUGGGAAAUGUUUUGAAUUAAGAAUCUGAAGGAGCUGAAACAUCUGAACCAUUUCCUCCUCUCUCUGGUUUUAGUAAGAUGGUGGGUCCAACAGGAAAUCCCAACGCUGCCCCGUCUAAACAGCUUCCUGCUCGCCCUGAUGACACACUUCAACCCCACAGUCAGACCACAGCUCCCAAGGACAACAUGGAGGCAGAGACCUACAACAAACAGACUCCCAAAGAGAGCCAGGAGACUGCAGAGUGUCCAGAGAGGCCAGGAUCUACUAAAACCAUCACCAAGAAGGAGCCUAAACCAGGAUCAAAGAAAACCCAAUCACAAAGAAGACCAGAUCAGCAAAAACAGGAUCCUUCUUCAAAAAAGCAACAAAGACAAAGACAUAAAGGGUCUCCUUCAGUGGACCAGAAAAUAGCAAGUGGAGCAGAAAAACUGAGAGACAAAACAAAGGAAGUCCUACUUCCUCAGUCUGAACCAAAAACAGUCCCGUCCCCUGCAUCCAAAUUUAAAGAGGUCCCGUCUCCUACAUCUGAACCAAAAGAAGUCCUGUCUCCUACAUCUGAACCAAAUGAAGUCCAGUCUCCUACAUCUGUACCAAAAGAGGUCCUGUCUCCUACAUCUGAACUAAAAGAAGUCCUGUCUCCUACAUCUGAACCAAAAGGGGUCCCAUCUCCUACAUCUGAACCAGAAGAGGUCCUGUCUCCUACAUCUGAACCAAAAGGGGUCCCAUCUCCUACAUCUGAGCCAGAAGAGGUCCCGUCUCCUACAUCUGAACCAAAAGAAGUCCCGUCUCCUACAUCUGAACCAAAAGAAGUCCCGUCUCCUACAUCUGAACCAGAAGAGGUCCCAUCUCCUACAUCUGAACCAAAAGGGGUCCCGUCUCCUACAUCUGAACCAAAAGAGGUCCUGUCUCCUACAUCUGAACCAAAAGGGGUACCGUCUCCUACAUCUGAACCAAAUGAAGUCCCCUCUCCUACAUCUGAACCAAAAGGGGUCCCGUCUCCUACAUCUGAACCAAAUGAAGUCCCGUCUCCUACAUCUGAACCAAAAGAAGUCCCAGCUCCUACAUCUGAACUAAAAGAGGUCCAGUCCCCUACAUGGAAACCAAAAGCAGGCUUGUCUCCUACAUCUGAACCAAAAGAGGUCCUGUCUCUUAGAUCUGAACCAAAAGAGGUCCCGUCUCCUACAUCUGAACCAAACAAAGUCCUGUCUCCUACAUCUGAACCAAAAGAAGUCCCGAUUCCUAUAUCUGAACCAAACGAAGUCCCGUCUCCUACAUCUGAACCAAAAGGGGUCCAAUCUCCUACAUCUGAACCAAAAGAAGUCCCGGCUCCUACAUCUGAACUAAAAGAGGUCCAGUCCCCUAAAUGGAAACCAAAAGCAGGCCUGUCUCCUACAUCUGAACCAAAAGAACUCCUGUCCCCCACAUCUGAACCAAAAGAAGUCCCGGCUCCUACAUCUGAACUCAAAGAGGUCCAGUCCCCUACAUGGAAACCAAAAGCAGGCCUGUCUCCUACAUCUGAACCAAAAGAGGUCCUGUCUCUUAGAUCUGAACCAAAAGAGGUCCAGUUUCCUAGACCUGAACCAAAAGAAGUCCAGUUUCCUCUAUCUGAACCAAAAGAACUCCUGUCCCCCACAUCUGAACCAAAAGAAGUCCCGUCUCCUACAUCUGAACUCAAAGAGGUCCAGUCCCCUACAUGGAAACCAAAAGCAGGCCUGUCUCCUACAUCUGAACCAAAAGAGGUCCUGUCUCUUAGACCUGAACCAAAAGAGGUCCAGUUUCCUUCAUCUGAACCAAAAGAAGUCCAGUCUCCUAAACCUGAACCAAAAGAAGUCCUGUCUCCUACAUCUGAACCAAAAGAGGUCCUGUCUCUUAGACCUGAACCAAAAGAAGUCCAGUUUCCUUCAUCUGAACCAAAAGAGGUCCUGUCUCUUAGAUCUGAACCAAAAGAAGUCCAGUUUCCUACAUCUGAACUAAAAGAGGUCCCGUCCUCUAGAAAUAAAGAAGACAUGCCUCCUUCCGUAUCCUCGUCAAACUUUGUAGUCCAUCCUUCUAAGGAUCUGACCUCAGCUCCUCCCACUCCACCCAUCAGCACUGAAGUGUUCAGUGACCAUGUGAGGCCCUGCCCCCUGGGUCCUAUCUCAGGUGAACCGAAGCUGUGCGGUUACCUGGAGAAGCAGGGUGGGCCACUGAGGGCGUGGAAGCAGCGCUGGUUUACCUAUGAGGAGAGGAAGAACCAGCUGUUCUACUAUCGCACGCCGCAGGAUGUGACGCCACUGGGUCGGGUGGAACUUUGUAGUGCCAUCUUCACCUACCCUCUGGACGCUGAGAGAGGAACCUUCCACAUCACAACACCUGAACGCACUUUCAUACUCAAGGCCUUGACCCAGGAGGUCAUGCUUUAUUGGCUACAGCAGCUGCAGCUCAGACGGUGGACGCACCGAGAGAUGACUGCCAUGCCAGACACCAUCAACAACAACACUCCAGAUAAUUUCCUGCCUGUGUUGAGAAGCCCGCUGGGUCUGGUUGGGGAGGAUGCAGCGAAUGCAUCAUCACAUCGAACAUCCCUCUCCAACAUGUCGAUCAAACACCCGUUCAUUGAGCUCCAAAAUACAGUCUACAGUCUGCGUAAGAGGUCAUCUCAGGAGUGGACUCAGAGCGUGUUUCAUGUGGAGACGCCAUCACAGGCUCCACUGAGCUCCAACAACAGUACAGUCCCUGCAGCCAAUAGAAAUCCCAGUGAACCUCAGACUCCACCCCCUGCCCUCUCAUUGGCUGAGCCAGCUGGUCAACCGACUGCAGUGGAGCGUCGGAGGAAAAAGAGUCGCGGCUCCACCUCCAUGUUGCUUCUCCGUAGGGACACGGGAUCUUCAGAUCGAAUGAGUCGCCUCCUUCAGGACAAACAGAUGUUGCAGGAGGAAGUGAAGGCUCAGAAGGAGCACGUCUGGAUCCUCCAUAAAGCUCUGGAGGCCUCUCAGCUGGAGAAACGGACCUGUGCUGAGUUUCUGGCAGCCACAGAGGAGCAGGAGCGUUUGGAGAUUCUACGUCACCGCGAGCGUCACAUACACAACCUGAGAGAACAGGUGGAAAAGACCAGGGAGGAAGCAGAGUCAGCCAGGAGGAGUCAGGCUCAGAGUGAGGCCAGGGUGGUUGAACUGCAGGAGGACGUCAGACAGCUGGAGGAGAAAAACAAUGCACGGCAGGAGGUGAUCGUUAAACUGUCAAAUCAGCUGACAGCCUGCAUGGCAGAAAAACCUAUAGUCGGUGGAGGAGGUUUGGACUCUCAGGCACUCAGCCAGCUCCGCCAGCAGAUCGAGGACCUGAAAGAUGACCUGGCGGCCUAUAAGACUCAGAACCGUUACCUGAACUCAGAGAUCCAACAUCUGACUCGUCUGUGGAGGCGGAGCUCAGAGCAGGAGAAGACUCUGAUGGUGAAGUGUGCUCACUUGGAGGCAGGUAAUUGUCAGGUGGAGAGCAGGUACCUGAAUGUCCUUCGACAGCUGCAGGAGGUCAAGGCUCUGGAUCCAGUGCAGCAGGCAGCCGUCCAGCAGAUGAUCAAGGAUGCUCUAAAGGGAGAGAUGAAGACUGCCCUGAAGCCGACCAGGGCCAGAGAAUAUGAUGAAUACGGCUUUAAGAUCAUCCCUGACUAUGAAGUCGAGGACAUGAAGCUGCUCGCCAAAAUUCAGGCACUGGAGAUCCGCUCACACAACCUGCUGCACCAGGAAGGAGAAGAGCACCCCCUGGUGGCACGGUGGGCUCAGUACCUGGCUGGUCGGUCGGGCCAUGACCUCGUCCCCUCACCUGAGCUCAAAACUCUGCUGAGAGCCGGAGUCCCCCAGGUGUAUAGGCAGCAGGUGUGGAGCUGGUUAGUCCGAACCCGAACCAGGACUAUUAGGGAGCACCACCCACAGCGCUACAACCAGCUGUGUGAGAAGAGUCGGUUGUCUCCCCACUCAGCCAGCAGACAGAUCCAGCUUGACCUUCACCGCACCCUGGUCACCAAUCAGCACUUUUCCUCACCUUCUAGCUCCUCCCUCCAGCAGCUCAGACGCAUCCUCUUGGCCUUUUCCUGGCAGAACCCCCUGAUUGGCUACUGCCAGGGUCUCAACAGGUUGGCAGCCCUUGCUCUGCUUGUCCUUCAAAAUGAAGAGGAUGCCUUCUGGUGUCUGGUGGCCGUGGUGGAGAACAUCAUGCCUCAAGACUACUACACCAAGACACUGCUGGGCUCCCAGGCUGACCAGCGUGUACUAAAGGACUUGCUUUCAGAAAAGCUCCCUCGACUGUCAGCUCACUUUGACUCCCAUGGCGUGGACGUGUCUCUGAUCACUUUUAACUGGUUCCUCUGUGUGUUUGUGGAGAGUCUGCCCAGUGACAUCCUGCUGCCACUGUGGGACGCCUUCCUGUAUGAGGGCACCAAGGUGAUUUUCAGGUACACUUUGGCUCUUUUCAAAUAUAAAGAAGAUGCCAUCCUGAAGAUCCAUGACGGCGUGGAGCUCUACCAGUACCUACGAUUCUUUACCAAGACCAUCUCUGACAGCAGGAAGCUGAUCAACAUCGCCUUCAGCAACAUGAACCCAUUCCCUGGUCGCAUGCUGAGGAACAGACGAGGGUUUCACCUGGAUCGCCUGCAAGGGGAGCUGCGAGAGUUGGAAGAGCAGCAGAGAGAAUUUGUGAUGGAGAGCGGUGAGCAUAAAGACAAAGAGCUGGACGCUGGUGUGAGCGAGGAUGAGGACCUUUGACACCACUAUGUUUGCUGACCUGUUUCUGGACAUUAAAUUUGAUAGAAACAGGGAGGUUAAAGCCCUCAAAAAAGGACAUUAAAACAACAUACAGGCCACAAUUCACUAUUUAAGCUGAAAAAAAUCAACUAUAUUUAAAAUAUAAAAAUGAACGAUAAGAAAUGAGUACUACAACCUCCAUUAUUAGAACACAGAUAUACCAACAAUCUUUUUGUUACUACUGCUGUUGUUGUGUUUACUACUGCUGGAAAUGUGUUUACUACUGCUGUAAAAAUGUUUACUACUGCUAUAAAAAUGUUUACUACUGCUAUAAAUAUGUUUACUACUGCUAUAAAUAUGUUUACUACUGCUGUAAAUGUGUUCACUGCUGCUGUAAAUAUGUUUACUACUGCUGCAAAUGUGUUUACUUCUGCUGUAAAGGUUACAGCCAUUGUAAAGGUACAGUUGUGUUGUUAGAGAGCCACUGUGAUGGACACAAGACUUUUAUCAUUGCCAUGGAAACAGUGGAUAUGAGGCCAGAGACUACUACAGAAAAAUUCAUGAAUACUGGAAGCUGCUGUCCUGUUGCUGUACCUUUGUCAUGGUUUGUGCUGCUGACUCUUGUGGACCAGGAUCAUGAUGAAACUUCAUAUCCGACUCAGCACUUCUGCUUUAUGAGGAGAGUUAAAGAGUGUGAGAGACUUAAAGGAUUGUUGAAAAUUCUAUUUACAUUCAUAGCCACUGUUACAACCUUUGUUAGACUUUGUUUGACUUUUACAGCAGAGCUGUACUGUGGUUAUCCAGACACAAAGAACACACUUAAGUGCAUCCAACUAUCCAUCCUCAGUGAUGACCUGAAAUCAGAACUCACUGUCCCACCUUAUGCUUAUAACAAUGUGUGAAAGAGAAACUGUUAGAUAGCGCUAACUUUCAUCUCAUAGAUGAUGAAUUAUACAAAAUCAUUAUUAGAUCAAAAUAUACGACAACCUUUCCCUCAUGUUUACAGUCCUUUGAUUGGAAAAGUGGGUGGAACUGGUGAGAAGCUCUACCUACUUUUCCACAAGUUCCCAACUACGCCAUUGCAAUGUCAUCCUUUGAUAAAAGAUCUUUAAAAAUAAUAAACAUUCAAUCCUC